GUGUUACGACUGGUUGCUAGGAAACGCGGCGUGUCCAUGUUGCCGAGGCACACGGAAGACCUCGAAGCCCGUAAAAGCAUCGGUAGAACUUCGUAAUUGUAGCGGUUGCGAAGUCGUCGGUAGAGAUGGUGAAGCUGAGGGCGAGGUGCCUGCUUCUAGGCGACGCGGCGGUGGGUAAAAGUGCCCUAUCCCAGAUGUUCAGCAGUGAUGGGGCACACUUCCACAAGAACUACAGUAUGACAACCGGAGUGGAGCUGCACACUAAGUGUGUCAACAUCUCCGAGACCACAGACAGCGUGGAGCUGUAUAUUAUAGAUUCUGCUGGGAAGGAAAUAUUCCAGGACUUCUGUGAGAAGAUGUGGGGUCAGCCGUCGGUGGUGUGUGUGCUGUUCGACCUCACCAGCCAGCAGUCCUUUGACAGCUGCUCCCAGUGGAUGGACCGGGUGCGGGCCCACUGCAGGGGGAUGCAGCUCCCAGGCGUCCUGGUUGGUAACAAGUCUGACCUAUCAGAACGUAGGGAGGUCCAGACGACCGUUGCCCAGGAGUGGGCUCAGAGCCAGGGCUUGGACUACCACGAGACCUCCGCGAAGGAGAUGGAGAACUGUGAGGCUCCGUUCCACAGCGUUGCCCGGGCGUUCCACGCUCUCUACCAGGAACGCAGAGAGACCAUCCGCAACCUCCAUAUACCGCCAUAGCCCUCCGAGAAGACCUUUCCCUUCUGAGCCACCUUUGUAACCCUUUGGCCUGAUGAUUUCACAUUGUUUUACCACUGGGCGCAUUUAUUGAAUUGAUGUAAUAUUUAUAUAUAAAUAAAUGGUAUGAAUACAUCCUCCCUUUGUCAAGUCU